AUGCAAGCUCAAGAUUGCACCAGUUCAUCUCCUUGCGUCGAAAAAUUGAUCAUCGACCUCGGAAAGAAGAUUCAGCAAGGAGAAAACGUUGAGGAAAAUUCAAAAUUAUUGAAGGAAUUAGAAAUACAAGAAGGAUUGCCUCUUUCCCAGAAUGUGUCAAAUAUGUUAUAUAAUUUGGAUAUUAUUAAAUUUUCGGAUGAAGAAUCUUUGAUAAAAUCCGUAUUGUAUGAAGAUGUAAAAAUUAUGAAUGAAAAGAAAUUAUAUGAAUGGUUGGAAAGUAAAAUGGAAACUGAUAGGGAGUGCAUGUUGAGCUAUCUUAUAAAACCAAAGAGAAUUCUUGAAGGAGAAGAGAAGGAUCAAUUCGAAAGGGUUAGACUUGGCUCUAUUUGUUUGAGAAAGAUUAUUGAAAUGUUGGAUCCAAUUCUGUUUAAUUGGUUUUCAUAUGAAACUUAUCAAGAUUUGAGACAAUUUUAUGGAGAAUUUACUUGUGACAAUUUUCUUCCAAAAUCACAAGGUCCAAUUUCAACAUUCAACUUAAUAAUGGAUUUGUAUUGGAGAAAGGAAUACUUUACUUGUUUUUCAAUUGGUAUUACCUUUUUGGAGAGAACAUUGGGCGAUUUAUUAUUACUUGUCUCGAAAAAAUCAAAAGAUAACCCAAAUGAUUUGGUUUCAAUUAUCGAAAAUUUCAGAGAGUUAAAAAUUAAUGAGCUGUUGAUGGUUGAAGAAAUUGAAGAGGCUCUUGGAAAGGAAUUUGUAUUUAUUUUCAGAUGUUUCUCAGGCCCACUACAAGGAUUGAAUUUAAGAAACGUUUUAUGGCAUGGAUUUUUGGAUUCUGAAAAUUUCCCUAGAUGCUUUGCAUCUUUCCUGAUCCUUCUCAUCAUUAGCAUUUCAAAAAGAGAGGAAACCAAGCAAGUAUUAGAGAAUGCUUCCUCCAAGCAAGUUAGAAGAUCUUUCAAUACAAUGCUGGAUAUUCCCGUCAAUUCUGGUAAUCCAUUGAGAAGAGACUUUUCUGAUUACAUCAAGAAUGGAGAACAUGCAUUGGAAGAGAGUUUUGAUUUAAUUGAUGAGAGCUACCUUAUACCAUACAGAAGUAAGAGAGAUUGGAAAAAGUCUAUCGAAUACUAUAGAAAUGGGCAUAUUUUCUUGAGCUUUGUCACUCUCUUCCCACAUUUAGAGCACGCCUUGAGAAGAAUGUUUGCCUACUCGAAUAAUAAUUUUGAAAGGCUCUUCUCAGCAGAGACUGACCAAGUUUACACAACAUUUGAUGAAAUUAUGCACCCUAGCAUUGAUUAUACAGAGGUUUCAUCAAAUUUGACAGAUGGUGGUGAUAAGACCUCCACUUGGACAUUUGAAAACAGAAACCGUAUAUUUGAAGAAAUAGGAGAUAGCCUCAUGUUAUCCCUCUUUGAUAUUCUCUUCUUUAAGGAUGGCCCAAGAAUAAGAGACAAGUUGAGUCAUGGUGUUGUUGAUCCACAUCAAAUUUUGGAAAUUGAAAAUCUGUCUGAGCAGGUAAUCGCCAUCGUGAUGUGCAUUAUUUUCAAUUGUUCCACACUCAAUAGAGAAAAUCAAUCAACUAACGAGCUAACCAAUAAGAUUUUAGAAUUAAGAAAUAAUUUUACCUUUCAAACCUACCAUCCCCAAAUGAACUUUUUCAAAGAGUUUGACACCACUCUUGAAAAGUUCAAAUCAUUUGUUGAAAAUACAGUUUCAAAAGCUUAUUAUUUUAGAUAUAAGGAUGAAUUUACAAAGAAAUUAUUUGAAAAGUAUCCAAAUACAGAAAGAGGAGAAAAGAGAUUUAUCGUCAAGCAAUCAUCAGAUUUAGUCAACUUGAUUGAAGUCUAUAAUAAGAGAAUGCAAGAUAUUGGCCACGAUUCAGUUGUAUAUAGAGAUUUGUAUCAACACAAUAUCAAACUUAACAUCUUACUUGAAGAACCAUCCGAAACAGAAACUAUACAAAGUUUGGAUUUGGAAAUGAUACAAAAUUCAUUUGCUACCCUUAAGAAAACCAAAAUGAAACCAAGACUUCCAUUAACAUUUUGUGGAAAAGUUGGAAAUAUUCAAUCGAUAGAAUUUACAAAAAUAUACAGACUCACAGAUAUUGUAAAGGCCAGUGGACAAUUUGUUGAUGAAGUCACUGCACUCUUAGCAGAAUUGGAAGAACCAAUUUUGAGUAGAAAGGCCUACUCUAGACAUAGAAAGCGUUUCGUCUACACUUGCUACAAUAUGAUUGACUUUUACAAUCAAUGCAUUCUCCAACUUAUGGCAGUUGAAUUUUUAUCCCUUAGCCCUGUCAACAAAAUUGAAUUGGACGAAAGAGGAAUUAUUUUGAGAUUGGCUCGAGCAAGUCCACCAAGUGUGAAAUCUUCAACAUUAGACAAGAUUGAAAAGCUAAAUCUCGAAUGGAAAACAUUUAUCCAAAAUAUCCAACUUGAAAAAAGCCCUUAA